ACCGUGUUCUUAGUUUGUCGCAAGAACUCAAACUGGAUUGGGACUUAACGCACACAGCGGAAUCAUACCAGUAUUUUAGUUCAUGUUUUAGGAAGGUGGAUACUAAAAUAGACCGUGGAUAUUCAGUUAUCAAUACAGAUAGGCACCGACCGUUCAUCAGGACUGCUCGUUCACAUGCUUGUUUACGAUUUUCUCGUGACUGCCGUGACGUUCUGGUUUUGGUGGCUCGAUAAGGAAGGGUAGAGAACUUGUCUCAGUCAGUCCAAAUUCUUAUUUGAUAUGAAACACGCAAUAGUUUAUUGUUGUAUUCUCACUUUUGUGGCAUAUGUCCAACUGACUGAGUCAAAUGGGAAAAGAACAUGGCCCGUCCCGUACAGGCGGUUUGAUCGGCGUCCAGAAGUGGAUCCCUUUUGUGAGGCACUCUAUCCCUUUUGCCCCACCGGUGACCGUGAUGGGCGGAUACCUUACAUGAGAGAUUCUGAUGUCAUCUCAGUGUUCCGACUCCAGGCCCCUGUGUGGGAGUUCAAGUAUGGCGACCUGUUGGGGAAAUUUCACAUCAUGCAUGAUGCAAUAGGAUUCCAGAGUUUGCAGACUGGCUCCAACUUCACCAUGGAGUGGUAUGAGCUGUUUCAGCUGGGAAACUGCACUUUCCCCCACCUGAGGCCAGACAUGAACGCCCCCUCCUGGUGUAAUCAAGGUGCUGCAUGCUUCUUUGAAGGCAUCGAUGACCUCCACUGGAAACAGAACGGAACGUUGGAGAAAGUGGCAGAAAUCACAGGUGGGCAGUUUAAUGACAUGGCUCGAUGGGUCCAAGAAGACAAUGAAACUGGGAUUUACUACGAAACCUGGACAGUGCGUUCUGACCCAAGUGCGAAUGGGACUGAAUGGUUUGAAUCCUAUGAUUGUUCGCAGUUUGUUCAUCGCGUAUUUAGAAAGCUGUCGGAUUUAGGUGCCACAUUCAGCAGCAAAAGCCAGACCAACUACACCAAGAUAUACUUGUAUAGUGCAGAGCCUACCUUCUUGGGAGACGACGAUACCAUCUUUGGUCAAGCCUCAAUGAAAGCCCUGGCUUCGGACAUCAGGAACUUUUAUCGUACGUUUCAGCCUCAUCAUUCGGUUGUGGAUACCAUCAUGAGCAUCAUUGAGGCCUAUGAGAGAUUGAUCUUGGAGAAAAGCUUCUAUUUGUAUUACAAUUUUCAGUACUGGCACCUGCCAAUGAAGCCGCCGUAUGUUGAAAUCACCUAUGAGGAGAUUCCUCUGCCAGGACUGUGAGAGGCUUGGUCAUGUGUGAAGAAAAAGAAAUCGCACACAGGAGCUUGAUGCUGUUCAGUGAAACCGUAUUAAAAGCAGAAAAUAAAGAGAAGCCAAAACAAAAAGUGGGAUGCAACCGUUUCGGGUCUAGCCCAUCAUCAGUGUUCCCAAACUCAAAAUACGGCUUGGUCAUGUGUACAUAUAUAAUAUACGGUAUACAUAUGUAAAUUGGGGUGCAUCAAACGCCCCAACUUUUGAAAAUCCCGCUCUGACCCCUUACUGACUGAUCCUUCAUCUACAGUCAACUUCAAGGUCACAGGUCGGAUGAAGUUUGUGGCGGGUCCUUCUUUUUAGGUGUUUAGUGUUUUCCAGUAACUACACAGUCUAUCUAUGCCCCAACUUUUGAAAAUCACACUCUGCUUUUGCAGUGUUGUUCCUUUGUACUAAUAUCAUGCCUACUUCCUUGUAAAAAGCAAAUGUGAUCAAUGUUAAAAGGUGGUACAAUGGGAUUUUUUGCAAAGUUUUAUUUUUCAAGGGUUUGUAUUUGGUUUUAUUUUUCAAAGUUUUAUUUUUUCAUCCACCCUAAUGUAAAUCAUUGAUGCACUGUACAUGUAACACACUGACAUUCCCUAAUUUCUAAUAAAUUGCUAAAAUCAA